CACAACUCCUUCCCAAUAUGGAACAUUGUUUCGUACCUGGUUCAUCUAGUGGGAAGAGAAAGCCAACAGCUGGAAAUGUUCAUGUGGUUCAUCCUCAGGCUGCUGCAAGGGCUCUCCAGGAAUAUCAAUUCCUUCCUGAGCAGCCCAGUGUUAGAUCUGAUGCAUACGAUAGAGUUACUUCAUCUCAUUUCUAUGACUCACCUGAUGGUCCUAGUGCCAGGGCUUCAUCAUUUCCUGCUGCAGGGCCAUAUCUACAUGGAAAUGAACAGUUCUCAACAGGUUACAGUUUCCAAGGUCAUGUGUCAGGUGUUGAUCUUUUAUCUCAACAAGGCAGGCAGGGACACAUAUAUCCUUCAGCUUCAGGAGAGUACGACGGUGUUCCACAUAAGAACUCUUUUGCUAACGUUGGGAUGGAUGCUCAGUUUGGUGCUCAUCCAAUGCUUGGACUAGAAAAUUCAUUUGUACCAUCUGAUAGGCGUGUUUCCCAUGAUGAAGAUGUUUCUCGGAUGGAGAGAAAACGCAAGAGUGAAGAGGCAAGAAUUGCCAGGGAAGUUGAAGCCCAUGAGAAACGGAUACGGAAAGAACUGGAGAAACAAGAUUUGUUGAGGCGGAAGAGAGAAGAACAAAUGAGGAAAGAAAUGGAGAGGCAUGACCGGGAAAGACGAAAGGAAGAAGAGAGGUUGAUGCGUGAAAAGCAGAAAGAGGAAGAGAGAUUCCUCCGGGAGCAAAAGCGUGAAAAUGAGCGUAGGGAGAAGUUUUUGCAGAAAGAAACAUUGAGAGCUGAGAAGAUGAGGCAGAAAGAGGAACUUCGUAGAGAGAAGGAGGCUGCAAGACUGAAAGCUGCUAAUGAGCGAGCUACUGCUCGCAGAAUUGCUAAAGAAUCCAUGGAGCUUAUUGAGGAUGAACGCUUGGAACUUAUGGAACUAGCUGCUUCAUCCAAGGCGUUGCCCUCAAUCAUUUCCCUUGACAGUGAUACAUUGCAAAACCUUGAUUCAUUCAGAGAUAUGUUAAGUACAUUCCCUCCCAAGUCUGUGCAAUUAAAAAGACCUCUUGCUAUUCAACCUUGGACUGACUCGGAGGAAAACUUGGGGAAUCUUUUCAUGGUUUGGAAGUUUUUAAUCACCUUUACCGAUGUUCUUGAGCUUUGGCCUUUUACUCUUGAUGAGUUCAUUCAAGCUUUUCAUGAUUAUGAUCCAAGACUGUUGGGGGAGAUACAUGUUGCUCUUCUAAGAUGCAUUAUAAAAGACAUUGAAGAUGUUGCAAGGACACCCUCUAUGGGUCUAGGAGCAAAUCAAACUAGUUCUACAAAUCUUGGGGGUGGGCAUCCACAAAUUGUUGAAGGGGCAUAUGCAUGGGGCUUUGAUAUACGCAGUUGGCAGCGCCACUUGAAUCCACUGACAUGGCCUGAAAUACUCCGUCAGUUUGCAUUGUCUGCUGGAUUUGGACCACAACUGAAGAAAAGGAGUGUUGGAAAGGCAUAUUUUCGAGAUGACAAUGAGGUACAACCAUUUCAUUGAAUAUUACAUGUGUAA